GGCUCCUUCCAUGUACGGCCUACCCCUCCUCUCCCUAACCCAACAGCUUCGCCAUUCACCAACGCUCCUGAUUGGAGAACUCAUACUUCUAAUGAGUCCACUUUAGUGGCAUCCGAAGAUGCCUCUACUUAUCCAUGGUAUCACGGAGCAGUAUCCCGCCAAGCAGCUGAACAACUACUACGAAGUGGAAUUACUGGUUCUUAUCUUGUGCGAGAAUCAGAAUCAGCACCAGGGCAGCUGUCUGUGACUGUUAGGAAUCUUGGUCGAGUAUAUCAUUAUCGCAUUAGCAGGGAUACUUGUGGAUGGGUGCGUUUACAUUUCGAAUUAUUUCUUACAGAGCUAUUAAUUAAUUGUAUUAUUGAAAAUUGCUCUUCCUGUUCAUCAACGUUUUCUGUUAUAUUCUAA